CAGUUUGGCCUUGUUAUCCUCCACGUGCACCGAAGUCAUAAUCUCGAGUGGUUUGUUAUUCUAAGAUGACGUGAGCGCGUUAAAUUUUGCUCGUAUAAGAAGGAGAUAUCCGAUCGCGAACGGGAAGAAAAAAUGAAGUACCACGGGUUCGUUCUGGCGCUUUCGGCGAUCGUCGCGGCGGCUACCCCCACAGGACCGUCCGCCGAUGCCACCUGCACCGUAACCAAUUUCGACGACGUAGCCAACGCGGUGUCCAGCUGCACCGACCUAGUCAUCCAAGACUUGACGGUACCUGCCGGCAAAGCCCUCCAACUCGACCUGAAAUCCGGCACCAAGCUCACCUUCAAAGGCACAAUCAAAUUCGAUUUCCUCAACUGGGAAGGACCUCUGCUGGUCAUCAGCGGUAGUAGUGUGACGGUCGAAGGUUCGGGCGCGACGCUCAACGGUCAAGGGGAGAAGUACUGGGACGGCAAAGGGGGUUCCGGUACCACCAAACCGGUCUUCGUCAAGAUCAAGACGAAGGCCAAUUCGGUGCUCAACAACGUAAACCUUCUGAACUGCCCGGAACGUUGUGUGUCUAUCAACGCUGAUGAUACGAAUCUCAACGGUUGGAAUAUCGACGUUUCCGCAGGAGACACGCAAGGGGGUCACAACACCGACGGAUUUGACGUGUCCAACACGAACAACCUGCACAUAGACCACGCGACCGUCCAGAACCAAGACGACUGCGUCGCCGUGAACCAGGGUACCAACAUGGUGUUCUCCAACCUCGACUGCUCCGGGGGACACGGCCUGAGCAUCUCCGUGGGGCUCAGCUCGAGCAACGGUAGCCCGAACACCGUCUCCAACAUAACCUUCACCGAUUCCAAGGUCAGGAAAUCGGCCAACGGGUUGCACAUCAAAACCCAUCCGACAGGUGGUACCGGCGCCGUCAAGGACGUCACUUACAACAACAUAGUCAUAUCGGACAUCACCAACUACGGUAUCGAGAUCCAGGAGGACUACGGUGACGUGGGUAAUCCCAAAGCUAACAUCCCCAUCACCAACUUGAUACUGAAGCAGUACACCGGUACCGUGAGCGGAUCCAAAGCCAAGCAAGUGAGCAUAGUAUGUGCGUCCGGCGGGUGCUCCAAUUGGAACUGGGACGGCGUCAGCAUCAGCGGCGCCAAGGUCAAGGACGACUGCAAUUUCCAGCCCAACGGCUACAAGUGCAACACGUAGGGGGUGUAAAUAAAAAU